AUGGACCUGCUGAUGAAGGACUACGGCCUAGAAUUGCCUGAAAUAGGCUCAUGUGAUGUGAUGUGCAUUGGGACGAAACGGGUAGGCAGACGACUGCAGAUCCACUUUGUUCUGGUGUUGUUCGAUUUGACUCAAGAUGACCUAUCGUUCGGUUCCCGUGAAGACGAGACCAGCUUUGCCUGGUUGUACAACUUGAUGGAGAGCUUCGGAAUUGAGGCUGAAGUGAAUAACUCAGACUGGGAUGAGCCGGCUAGCGGACCCCCCUCCCCGUAUACCUCGAAAGCUAAGCGAGGCCCUCGGCAGAUCGACGUCGUUGGUCACAUCGUUUCCACAGGCUACAAAGAGAAUAUUGUCAUGUCGCUGUACUAA